AUUUCACUUGCGCUGCUGAUACGAAAUCCUGUGCUGUACAAGCACUUCCACCCACAGACUCGGUUCACCCUACAUAGUCGGGUCAUAGGCCCCACUCAAAACCCAUUGCCUGAGGAUCGUAACAAUGGUCCUCGAGGAGGCAGCAAGCUCCUCGGACAGCUUUACGGACCGCCCGUUCUCCUCCGACAACGACCCUUAUGCUACUCAAUCGACAGACUCAUUCGGACCCGAUGGACAGCCUCGAGAUCCCAUAACACUUGACCUCACCAAGAUGUCGAAGCCAAUUCCUAUUGUCGGCAGUCUUGUGGGAUAUCCAAUGGCUAGGGUCGCAAGAGAAGUGGCCAAACAUGUUCAGUAUGCGUCCAAUUUGGUGCAGAGGCCAUUAACCAUGGACGAGGCUACCGCCGUUGCAGAACAUGCAGCAGCUAUCGAAUCUUGGGCUUCUUACGGUGCCGCCACGGGGGCGGCUAUAGCCUUGCGACAAUGCUACAAGACAAGGAGCACCUACAAAUUUCCAUUCUGGACCCCUCCAGUUCAGGGUUGGCCACCGGCAUCCGUUGGUCCGUUCAGGGGGAACAUGAUGCGUGCCGGUCUUCAUUUACUCAGAAUACCGCCCUAUUGGUUCCUUGGCACAUUUAUAGGUGGAUUCGUGAUGGACCUUUAUGCGAAGAUUGUGUCAGCGCGGCUGGCCAGUAUCGACAAGCGGCUUGUCGAAGUAAAAGCAGCAAUUGUUAGGCGUAGACAGGAAAGGCAAGAUGCGAUGCAAAAUGGGACGCAAAGACACCCAGGUCAAGAAACGGCGAUGCAAAGGCGCCCAGGUCAGCAGGUACCACAGGUGGCAACGCAAGACACAGAUGAUAUGUCGCCAACCUCCGGGGCCUGGCAAGAUUCUCCUUCAGAUACGUCUGUUUUUUCCGAUAGCCAGAUGCGUGCCCGAGAAAUUCGCCAGUCACCUGGACCAUACCGCAGCCAGACGGAAAGCCGCGAUCACGCAUUUCCGAGGGAGGAUGCCACGAGGCAAUCAGAUGCUUUCGAUGACGCGUCGCCGACGGGAGGUAUGGGACCCAUGGACUCGAGUGUGUCCGGAGGGUCAGCUUGGGACCGUAUCAGGCAGCAAGCAGCUUCUGGACAAUCACCCGCUGCUGGACGGACCGCAUCAGGCGGGUUCAGCCGACCUGUUCAAAAAGAACAACAACAGGGUUCAAGCCUUGGCGAUAGCUUUACUUUCUCUCGAACGGACGAGGAAAAGCAGUUGGCCAAAGCUCAGGCACAGAGGGAGUUCGAUGCCCAAGUCGACAGGGAGAGGAACGGGGGGGACAGGGAGGACUCGGGCAAGCGGUGGUAAGGGAAGGAUGAGCGGCUUUGGUUUCGGUUUCGUUUGGGGUUUCGUUCGACGCCGCAGAAUACAACGCAAUGCUAUGACCUUGGCCCGUGGCUAUCUGAAACCCG